AUGGCAGCCAUAAUUGACGAAAAAGCACCCAGGACGGAUGCUCCCACCGAUUCGUUCGAGGAUACGACUUCGGGAUCAGACCGCGACCUGGACGAAGCCUACCAGGCGUACAAGGCCACGGAACAGCUGGAAGCCACCGAGUCCGAGGCCAAGAAGGUGCUGCGCAAGAUUGACGUCCGCGUCGUGCCCGUUCUUUUCGUCACAUAUAUGCUUCAGUACCUGGACAAGAACUCCUUGAACUUUGCUAGUGUAUACGGCCUACAAGAUGGAACAAACCUCCAUGGCCAAGAUUAUUCUUGGCUCGGAUCGAUCUUCUACUUUGGAUAUCUGAUUUCACAAUUCCCAUCAGCAUUCUUACUCCAAAAACUGCCUAUUGGAAAGUUUGUGUCUAUCACUACAGUAUUAUGGGGUAUCAUCCUCAUGACUACACCUGCAUGCACAUCAUUCGCAGGCAUUGCUACCAAUCGCUUCCUCCUGGGUUUCACUGAAGCAACUGUCAACCCGGCUUUUGUGUGGAUCAUGUCCAUCUGGUAUACAUCUGCAGAACAACCUCUACGACUAGAGGCAUACUACUGCACCAAUGGCAUUGCCACCAUGUUUGGUGGUCUGAUUGGGUACGCUGUCGGACACAUCACGACUGGUCUUCCGCGUUGGAUGUAUGUGUUCCUCAUCUUUGGAGCCAUCAGCACGGCUUGGGGCGUGGUCAGCUUCCUCAUCCUCCCCGACACGCCGGCGACUGCAAAAUUCCUUACCGAAAAGGAGCGCGCCAUCGCUACCGGCCGCGUCUCCAAGAACCGCCAGGGCGUCAAGAACCACCACUUCAAAAAGGAGCAAGCCAUUCAGUGCUUCAAGGACCCCAAGACGUGGAUUCUCUUUGUCAUGGCCGUCGGAGCCCAGGUCCCCAAUGCCGCCAUCACCAGCUUCACCAGUCUCAUUGUCAAGAGUUUCGGUUUCGAUACCCUGGGCACGCAAUACCUCCAAAUCCCCGGUGGUGCCGUCCAGUUCCUAGCAUUGAUUAUUGGUGGGUUUGUGUGCACCAAAUGGCCCAACAACUCGAGGUGCAUCACCAUGCUUGUCGCCAACACGAUUUGUAUCUUGGGUGCUGCCAUGCUCGUCGGAUUGCCCAGUAGCAACAAGUGGGGUCGUCUCGUAGCUCUUUGGCUUUGCUACUUCCAGGGUCUUGGUUUCUCCAUGUCCCUCACCAUGGUGUCGUCCAACAUUGCCGGAUCAACAAAGAAGCAGCUCACCUCGGCUGUACUUUUCACUGGCUACUGCGUUGGCAACAUUAUUGGACCUCAGACAUUUAUUGACUCGGAAGCUCCCGGCUACCACAGCGCAUACAUUGCCAUGCUGGUUGGAUACGUGGUGAAACUGCUAUCGAUUGCAGUGCUCUACCUCUACAUGUGGCGCGAAAACAAGAGGCGCGAUGCUGCGGGCUGGACUGAUGAAAAGGCGGCUGUGGAGGCAGGCAUGCAUGACCUUACUGAAAUUGACAACAAGGGCUUUAGAUAUUCCUUGUAG